AGUGAAGCUUCCGUUCGUGCACGGGCACGUACGCACAUACGCAGCGCGUCGUCGUGUGUAUUUGGAAAUGGUGCCGCUCAGCCGGGCUUUCCAUCGUCAAGAGGAAACGCCGAUAAGUGCGACGGCGACACUCGAGGAGCCACGACUACCGAUCGUAGAAAAUCCAUACUAUACUUAAGAACCGAACGAUCUGUCGACGUGUGAGAAGACAGAGAGAGGGAGAAGAAGGAAAAAACGCGCCGAUAAAUGUGCGUCGAUCGUUCGAAUUUGACAUGUGACCGCCAAGUCGCGUUUACGUAAGUUGUCCCCCAACAGACGCUCACGCGGUCGCUUCGCAUAUUCACGAAGGAACAUUAAUUUCCAUAGUUCGUAAAGCGUCAGUAAAGUGUAUCUUGCGCACGACACUCUGAAGGUGACGAAGAAUACUGAACAUUAUGCUUGACUCUGGCAAUUCGUCGUCUGUGCGAUCGACGACUGUGUGACAGACAGCUGUGUGUGCAGCCGAGCAGUUGACAGCCCAGUCGAGGCUAACCUCAAAAUUGCGCGACCGAAUCGCGCCGAGAUCAUUAUCGUCAAGUACCGUCGAGUAUCCGUUGACAAGACACUGUAAUAAGUCUCAAAGGCGGCGGCUGAAUAAGCAGAAAAAUCUGCGAAUAACGUGACUUUGCGAGGAACUUCAUGAUUAAUUGUUAACGGUGAAGAACGAGAUCAUUUUCCUCAAUUUCUUGGCUUGAAAUCGUGCGAGAAUCUUGCUUAAAAAUUCCGCAUCGAGUUGCACCGAUACAAAAAAGAGAAGAUCGAGAAUUAAUUGAAAUUUAACAUCCUAUAAACAUUGGUGCAACUGAUUUGGAUUCUUCAUCUAAGUAUGUCGUCGCGCUCAUCCGAUUGAGAGUGACCAGUGCAGCGUCUUAAAUGCGGCACGGAACGUCGACAAUCUCGGUCCUUUUGAGACUGGAUAGCCUUUGAGAGAUAGAGAGAAAGAAGGGACGAGAGAGAAAGAAAAAAAAAAAGAGAUGACGAAGAAGGAGCCAUGAGCACGGCGGAUACCGCGCUGUCAAUUUCGAUCAACAUGGCCCCAGGGCCGGAACAUCGCCAGGAACCGGUAGCUCCUGACAAAAUCGCCGAGGGCGAUCGUGCCGCAGCCACUGCCGCCGAUGUCGACGUGGAGAACGUCGAUACUACGACAACUGGUAGCAACAAUAACAUCAACAGCAACGACUCCAUCGCCGCUGUCGUAGAACAAAGUUCAAACAUCGAAACAAUCGCUCCAGCUACUAAUUUUGCCGCUGGCGCCGAUUCGGUCAACCAAAGCUCACCGUCGAAUAGCGGCGUCGAUAGCAAACAGGAAGAACCAGCAACUUUGUCCGAAUUAAACGAUAGCGAAUUACGUGCUUUACUGGAUGAAGCUAUAACAUACAAGUGUCCAAAAGAUCGAGAAGGAAAAUCUCAUCUUUUUAAGGAACUUUUACAAGAAGCAGAAGCAGAUGAGACUGAAGAAGGACAUAGAGUAAUAUGUAAUUCGCGUUGUCUCCCUGGUUCAAAUCGAAGAAGACAUAAACGGGAUUCUGUAUCUGAGCGUUUGACACAUGGUGGAUCAUUGCAAAAUUUAGCACAUCCCAUUGCUUCAGAAUUUGAUAGUAAUUUUGCUUAUCCAACAUCCAGUUCAUGUCAUACUUAUGGAAGCAGUAGGAAAAAGAACAAGAAAUAUAUAGGACCUAGUGUUUCUGCUAGACAGAGAGAAGGUGGAUCAUUACCAUCAGAUGUAGAUGCAUCGCAUAGCCUUGCUUCUUUGGCUAAUCUAGAUCUAUCAUUUGAUAAAAAGAAGAAUUUCUGUGUGGAGCGGUCAGCAUAUGAUUGGACCAAUAAGGAAAAAUCCAAAUCUCUAGACAAACCAUCAUAUACCAGUACAAAGAAGGAAGAAAAAGAAAAAGAAAAGAAGGAAUCGAAAAGGGACAUUGCUAGUUCAAGCGAGAUAGAACUUGAAACACGAGAGAAAAGAGUUGGUAAAGGAAAGUACGGAACAAAUGAAAUGCUGGAAUCAGAUAAUCCACCUCCAGAAUAUAAAUCAGAUUACAUGGUGAUCGAUUUAGGCGAUGUUGAGGUAGGUGCUAUCAGUGAAAGAAAUGUGGGAUCUAUGGCAAGCGGAAUUCAAAGACCUUGCUCGUUAGACACUGAAAAUGACGAAGGAACUGAGAUGAGAAUUAUUGAACCACGUAAACCUAUCCAUUAUGUCACACGGGCAACUUUAGAUGUGGAUAGUCCUAUAGAAUUUCCUAUUCGCGAUCAUAAGCAGGAGAAAUCAAAAAUGUCUGUUAAUGGUACAGAAGUGACAGGAACAUUGUUUCAACCACACAACAGUGUAAAAUGCAGUAUAGGAGGAGCUUCAAACAGUUCUAGUACUAGCCAGAGCAAGAUUGUGCCAAGUUUGUGCUCUGUGAUGCCGUCUUGGCAAGCACAGAAUUUAACACUGGCAGGUCAAUUGUGCGCAGAAGGUCCUAGAUAUACGGCACAGCACAUCACGAUGAAAGAUCCAUCCGUGUCGGGAGAAAAGAAAUCGUUGGACGAAAACGGAAAUGCUGUACAAUCUUACAAUGAUCGUUUUGCAAAGAAACUUAGAAGGAAACAUACUCAGGAACAUAAUGUCAAAGUUUACAAUGCUGAAAAUGUCGAGGGUCAUCGUAAUGAGGAUAUUGACAGUUUAAUUAACUUUAUUGAGAAUAAAGAAUCCAAAAGCAAAAAAGGAAAAACUAGUAAUCCUGUUAGGGUGAAAGCCAGUUCUGGUACAAAACCGAGAACUAGAGAAAAAGAUACAAAGAGAGAGCAGUUACCAUCAAAGUUACAAAAAUCUAACUCCUUGGAAGAGAUUUCAAAGACAAAAUUAGAGGAUCUCACAACAGAAAAAAGCGUUAGUUCCAGUGGGGCCAGUAGUGUAUCCAGCCAACAUGGCGAAAAUGUGGCAUUGCGACGUCCGAAGCAAAGGAGCACUGGAGACGCGACAGUUGAUAGUCGAGGUGAUAGACGAUCCUGGGGGACAGAGGAGGGUCAAUCGAUAUAUUGCAACGACACGGGAGAGGAUUAUACUAGUCGUCGUAAUUCUAACAAAAAGAUCAAUCCGGAACCAGAACAUGAGACGGCGGAAUUUCUGGUAGUUACGAAGAAAAAGAAGAGUAAGAAACAGAGGAGAAGCUCCAGUGGUAGCAGGGCACAAAAUCUGACGACAUCAGGAUCAUAUCUACAAAGUUCCAGAGGAUUCUCCAAUGAAUAUAGGACACCGCUCUCUCCCGAGUUGCGAAGAAAAUCAGCGAGCAGUAUGCCUCCUAGUGACAAGUCGGAUAGCAGUGACUUAGAUUCAGUUCACUCGUUACCGGUUACAUCGAAUAGUUCGAAGCAUAAUUUAACUAAAGUUGCGACCUCAUCAGGCGGUACUCCGCAAGCGAGUUAUGCAGACAUAGCGCGCAUGGCCACCAUAUCGCACAAUCUAAACAUGUCCACAAUCGUUCCGGGCAUGUUGAAUACAGCAUCAUGGCCCAGUGUGCCUCCCAAGACUCCUUCAGAGCCGGACAAAGUACCACAGGAUUAUUACCCAAGCUUGGAUGAGAUACAGCAUUCAGAGAGAAAAGUGAGGCAACAACAAAACUUUGUCCAAUCAAAUCACGCAGCAAGUUUGAGUCUUGCUUUCGAGAAGUCACUUUCGCCGACACUGACAAAAGUGAAAAAUUCAUCGGAUAGAAAGAAAGCCGAAGCUCAGGAAGAAGCAAUUAAUAAGAAUAUUCAAGUGUUUAAAUAUGUACAAGACAUCGAAAAAAUGCAGGAGAGUCUAACGCAACAGGAACAAAAGCAUCAUACGGUUUCGAACAAUUACAGCACGAAUACAAGCGAGACUAUCGCAACAAACACUAUAACACCAAGAUUGAAUAAUAAUAAUACAACGAUGAAUUAUAAUCCACUUGAUGCCGAUAAUAAUCCCAAUUGCACUGUCAACAAUAAAGAUUCUAUUGCACAUUCGAGAACUAACAAUUCUCGUUCUCGUAAGAGUUACAUGCAUAGUAAUCAAAAUGUACAAAUUCACGGAUUGUAUGAAGAACAAUAUGUUAAAAAGCUUGCAUCUUCGUAUCACGAUGAACCGAUUAAAAAAUCACACAGUGCCGAUACUUCGCAAUCCGAAAACAGGACUAAUCCAACAAUCGCCUCUCAUAGCGACAGUGCAGAUGCACAAAAGUUGAAAACUGCAAAACUUACGCAAGAAUCGCAGGACGUCGAGUCUGAGUCGAGCAAUAACAAAAACAAGAUUACUAGUAACGAUCCGAGGACAAGAAUCGUGAAAGAAUAUCCGAACAACAAUAUUGCGACGAAGCACGAUGUAACGAAAGUAGGAAUCUGUCAGACGCAAAAUCCGAAGCAAGAUUCUCAACAACGCGAGGAUACGGAGAACAAAAAGACCAAAUCGCAAUCUGAUAAAGACCAACCGCAAAGAUUAUCGACGAUGGAAACGCAGCAAACGAAAAAUUCAACUCCUAGACCGGCGGUGAUCUUAUUGGAUGAAACCACAUCGGACAUCGCCAAAAACAAUAAUCUACCGACGGAACUAACAUUUGGCUUCGAGAUAAACGAACAAUUGUUACUCUCGGAGGAUAACGGUAACGAGGAGGCAAUCGCGACGAGUAGUUCUAAUUUCUCUCCGGCUGUGCCGCCGCUCGUUAAUAAAUCGUCGCUCAACACUUUCGAGAGGAAUCCACCAUUAUUCACCGAGAAACCCGCAAGAUACGACAAGUUUUCAUCGAAUUAUCAUAUGCAAUCGCCGAACGCCCACGUAACAUCGACGAAUGCUCAUGUGACACCUGUGCAUCCGGUCAUGGUGCAACCAUUACCAUACAUGAGCUAUCCCAAUACGAGAUUUCCACCGCCUACGUAUCUGUCACCGCCGCCUCCACCGCCGCCCGGAAUUAUGGAGAAGUUUCAUCCGCCGAAGGAAGACUUUGCUAUGCUUUAUGUAGCGCCUGAGGAAGAGCUGAAUGUGCAGACAUACAAUCACGAUAAGAUCGUGUCUUUCGUUGGCUUAGCAUGGGACGCGGUCAUGAGAGAAAAUGUGACUGCAACCGGUCGUAUACAGUUUUAUAGUGGACAGUGAAGUGAAACUUGUCGAAACGAAGGAAAUAGGCAAUAACAGUACUUUUGUAUUGGUAAAGCACUUCCAUUACAAAUUACGUUUAGUUAGUUUAAUUUUGGGUCUUUUGUUGAUAAUACGAGACCAAGCUUGUAUGUAUUGUGUGCACAGUUACAUGUCCUUGAUAUAAUAUGGACAUAAAAUUCGCUUGGAGAUCGCCUGUCUUAUUGCUCGAAUCAAAUGAAUUGGGGAAUUAAUAAAGUGAGAUUAUGGAACCGAGCGAUACGAAGUGUGCCUCAAGAGAUAAUAAUAACAGUGUACAUACAAUCAGUCUCCAAGAAUGGGGAGACAAGGAAAAGGAUAAAUAGAUGUAUAUUCCAGCAAUGUAUGUUGCAUUUGUGAAUUUCAAACAAUGAUGGCAGUGUCGCGAAACUUCAGUAUUGACAAUUAAGAACGUUUGAUCAGGAAAUGUGAGGACUAUCUCGAGAAUUACAUAUAUAUACAUAUAUGUAUAUAUAUAUAUUAUUUCUUUGAUUAAAGCGAACUUCCAGUGUACGAAUCGCGCGUGUAAAUACAUCACAGAUAUCCAUAUAAAUUUUCAAAGAUUGUCUUUAAACUUUGUUUACGAAAGUGUAAAUUUUUAAAAAGUGCUUAAUGCAAACAUUACAAAGAAAUACAAACUUGUAAUAACCAGGUCUACCAUGAAG